AAAUUGUUCAUUCCCCCACCCCACUUCAUUCAUUCAUCAAGAUUUACUGUCGCGCUGUCAUAAACAAAUUCGCCGCGAUUUACAUUUUAAUUUGAAAGAGUUUGAAAAAAUAAGAAAGCACGGCUGAAUAUACACAAACAAAAUUGAAGAUAAACCGCGAGUUAGCUUUAAGAAACCAAUGGAGACUGCUUGUGUUGCAUUAUAGGUUAAACUCAAAAGUAGAGAGAAAUAAGUACGUAUUCGAGUAUUUUCGUCAGGAUGACGUUACCCGGGAUUGGGGUGUUCGGCACAGGCAGCAUCGUCAGGAUCAUCAUACCCUUCUUGAGAGAGAAAGGUUUCAGAAUCGAGGCUAUAUGGGGUCGUACGCUGGCGGAGGUCACAGAGGUGGCAAACGAUCUUCAAAUACCAUUUCACACUAGUCGUAUAGAUGACGUUCUUCUGAGGAAGGACGUUGACCUAAUCUUCAUAAUGUGUUCGCCGAGCCUGCAUUCCCAGAUCGCUGUCAAAGCCCUGGGCAUAGGAAAGCAUGUCGUGUGCGACAAACCUGCAGGUCUCAGCCAGAGUGAGGCUCUGAAGAUGGUACGGGCCGCGCAGUAUUAUCCUUCACUGAUCAGCAUAGUCAAUCACAGCCUGAGGUUCCUGCCAGCCUUUGUGCAUAUGAAGAAGGCAUUGGAAGACGGAUACUUGGGUGGACCUGUGACAGUCAUAGAAGUACGAGUGCAUAUGGGAAGUUUGUUGCACAAUGGUUACGAUUGGCUAUGUGAUGACACGAUGGGUGGAGGGAUUCUGGCAUUGGUGGGCAGUCAUGUUAUAGACUUGAUCUUUCAUUUGAUGGGUCAACGAGCGUCAAGGGUGCACGCCGUUGUGAGAACGUUUACCCAAACGACCAAGUUUAUUAAUGGAAUCAGGCAUGUUACAUCGCCGGAUUUCUGUAGCUUUCAAAUGGAGUUAAGCGGCGGUACCCUGGUAACGGCUACCCUUAGCAAUCAUCUGCAAGGUCAGCUUUCCCAGGAGGUGCUGAUAUGCGGUGGUGGAAAUCAUUUAGUCGUGCGAGAUGGAGAUUUGUAUGGAUGUCGCGGCGAGCAGGAGGAGAUCCUGUAUCGCGACACGGACGAUUUGCAAGGAAUAUCCCUACCAAUGGCGGACUCCAUACCCAGGCCUUACGUCAAGGGACUUAGGAAGAUGAUCGCAGCGUUGAGGGAAGCUUUUCAAUUGGUAGAAGAUAAAAGAGGUUGGAUUAAAGAACCAGUAUUUUCCGCUUCUACGUUUGAGGACGGUCUAUACGUGCAGGCUGUUAUCGAUGCGCUGCGACAAAGUAACAAACAGCGUGGAUGGGCAAAAGUCAAUAUUCUGACGGAAGAACCAGAUCCGAAUCCCUUAUUGAGCGCCGCUGUCAGAGCUACAGCCAUCUCGAUAUAAGAGUUCGCUCCACAAAAGAUUUUUCAUUAUUUAUGAAAAGUUGCUGUACAUUUGAUAUAUAUAUAUAGAAAUUGUACAUUGAUACAUUAAUCGCGGAAAAUAAUCUUUGAGACAGUUAUCUCAAUUUUUAUUUUUCUAUGUAACAUUUAAUUAACUUAUUAUGUAAUUUAUUUCAUUUUUGUGUGCAAAUGUUAAUGUAUUAUUCUCCAUUGUACAUAUAUCCAUGUAUGAAAAUAUUUAUAAAUGCUGGUUGUGCUUAAAGCAAUAAGUAUAUAUUGCUUAUAUAAAUAUAAGUAUAUUUUAAAAGUAUAAAUAUUUAAUAUACGGGAUAAAAAAUAUGUAUUAUAGAAAGAUAAUCUUAUUUAAAAACUUGAGCAUCUUUAAUUUUCCACUCUGUAUACGUGUAAAAUUAAUAAUAAAUAUUUAUAUUAAUUAUC